AUGGCUUUUCUUGCAGAAGAAAUCGAGAUAAAGGAUGUGGAAGCUUCGGCGCUGGUUACUCUCAUUGGUUUCUGCUACUCUGGUAAGAUAAAAAUCAGUAACCGUAACGUCAUGAGCGUACUACCUGCUGCCUGCCUGCUCCAACUGGACGAAAUUCAGGAGAAGUGCUGCGAAUAUCUAAAGGACAAUAUAGAUCCGUCGAACUGCUUGGGAAUUCGAGCGAUUGCUGAUACAUACGCACGUCCUAAUCUUCUUGGCUGUGCUAAUGAGUACAUCUGGAAUAAUUUUGAGUUUGUUGUCAACUCUGAGGAGUUCUAUCAACUACCCGUUAAGCAGCUGAUUGAGAUUAUUUCAAGUGAUCAGCUCCGUGUCCAGUCGGAAGAACAGGUUCUUUGCUGCAGUGUUCCAAUGGAUCAAGUUCGACUUACCAGUACGGGAAGAAUUCCUCUCGAA